AUGCAAAGCUGUGUGAAAUCCUGGGGGUUCCUGGUCAACUCUCUCGGUCUGCAGCUCACCUGCCGGAAACCUGGCGGAUGCCGCUUUAACGGGGCGGGCAGCCCGGCGAUUUUCAGCAGAAACUCUCGGAGAAAGCGAACCGAGCCGAGCGGCGGCGUGCGAGCCCUGGGCACAACUCCGACAAACCAUGCGAGGUUAAUAGACAAGAUCCUACCCCGGCACGAUGACUUCUCAGAGAGGCACAUCGGACCCGGAGACAAAGAGAAGAGGGAAAUGCUGGACACUCUGGGACUGGCGUGCAUUGACGAACUUAUUGACAACACGGUUCCUGCCAGCAUCCGUCUCACCAAACCUUUGAGAAUGGACGAUCCCGUGUGUGAAAAUGAAAUCCUUGCCAGCCUACACAAGAUUGCAAGCAAGAAUAAGAUCUGGAGGUCUUACAUCGGAAUGGGCUACUACAACUGCUCAGUACCACAAGCAAUUCUCCGCAACUUGCUGGAAAAUUCAGGAUGGGUUACUCAGUACACCCCCUAUCAGCCUGAAGUCUCCCAAGGCAGAUUGGAAAGUUUACUCAACUAUCAGACGAUGGUGUGUGACCUCACUGGGAUGGAUGUGGCCAACGCCUCUUUAUUGGAUGAGGGAACAGCUGCUGCAGAAGCAAUGCAGUUAUGCCACAGACACAACAAGAGAAGAAAGUUCUUUGUGGACGCUCGUUGUCAUCCUCAAACAAUAGCUGUUGUGCAGACAAGAGCAAAUUACAUAGGAGUUACAACAGAGUUGAAAUUGCCCCACGAGAUGGAUUUCAGCAGGAAAGAUAUCAGUGGUGUACUGUUCCAGUAUCCAGACAGUGAUGGAAGGGUUGAAGACUAUGCUGAACUUGUUGACCUAGCACAUCAAAACGGAGCCUUGACAUGUUGUGCAACUGAUCUCUUGGCUUUGUGUGUACUGAGACCUCCUGGAGAAUUUGCUGUAGACAUUGUACUUGGCAGCUCACAGAGGUUUGGUGUGCCGCUUUCCUACGGAGGGCCACAUGCUGCUUUUUUUGCCGUCAAGGAAAACCUUGUAAGACUGAUGCCAGGAAGAAUGGUAGGGGUUACCAGGGAUGCUGCAGGAAAGGAGGUAUAUCGUCUAGCACUACAGACAAGAGAACAACACAUCAGGAGGGACAAAGCUACCAGCAACAUUUGCACAGCUCAGGCACUUUUGGCCAACAUGGCCGCAAUGUUUGCUAUUUAUCAUGGCCCUAAUGGACUGAAACACAUUGCAAAGAGAGUACACAAUGCUACUUUAAUUUUGGCUGAAGGUUUGAAACGUGCUGGGCAUAAAAUACAGCAUGAAUUAUUUUUUGACACACUGAAGAUCCACUGUGGUGUGGCGACCCAGGAGAUAGUUAGCAAGGCUGCCCAACGGCAGAUGAACUUCCGAGGAUAUGGUAGUUGUAUGCUGGGGGUGUCCCUGGAUGAAACAGUGACUGAAAGAGACUUAGAUGAUCUUCUCUGGGUUUUUGGCUGUGAAUCGUCUGCUGAGUUGAUAGCUGAGAGCAUGGACGAUGAACCAAAGGGUAUCUUGGCCACACAGUUUAAGAGGACAAGCAAAUUCCUUUCACAUCCAGUCUUCAACAGUUAUCACUCAGAAACAAAUAUUGUCCGGUACAUGAAGAAAUUAGAAAAUAAAGAUAUUUCUCUAGUUCACAGCAUGAUACCGCUGGGGUCUUGCACAAUGAAGCUGAACAGUUCCUCAGAACUUACUCCCAUCACUUGGCUGGAAUUUGGAAACGUCCAUCCUUUUGUACCUCUGGAUCAGGCUCAAGGGUACCAACAGUUAUUCCAUGAGCUGGAACGGGAUUUGUGUGAAAUAACCGGAUAUGACAAAAUCUCUUUCCAGCCAAACAGUGGUGCCCAGGGUGAAUAUGCUGGAUUGGCAGCAAUCAAGGCUUAUUUAAAUUCAAAAGGAGAGCACCAGAGAACUGUCUGCCUUAUCCCCAGGUCAGCUCAUGGCACAAAUCCAGCCAGUGCACAAAUGGCAGGGAUGAAAAUCCAGCCGGUCGAAGUGGACAAGAAUGGAAGUAUAGAUGUUGCACAUUUAAAAGCGCUGGUUGACAAGUAUAAAGAUAACUUGGCUGCCAUAAUGAUCACCUAUCCGUCCACCUAUGGAGUGUUUGAGGAGAACAUUAGUGAUGUGUGUGAGCUAAUCCACAGUAAUGGAGGACAAGUUUACCUGGAUGGAGCAAACAUGAAUGCACAGGUGGGCCUAUGUCGUCCUGGUGACUAUGGAUCUGACGUGUCUCACUUAAACCUGCAUAAAACUUUCUGUAUUCCUCAUGGAGGUGGAGGACCUGGAAUGGGACCGAUUGGAGUGAAGAAGCACCUUGCUCCCUACUUACCCAGUCAUCCAGUGAUCCCUCCAGUGUCUGAUACUGACGCUCGUCCUUUGGGCACAAUCAGUGCUGCUCCUUGGGGCUCCAGUGCGAUUCUACCGAUUUCCCUGGCCUAUAUUAAGUUGAUGGGAUCAAACGGACUUCGUCAUGCUACUGAGGUUGCCAUUCUAAAUGCAAACUACAUGGCCAAGCGGUUAGAAACAUUCUACAAAAUAGUUUUCAAGGGAGCAAAGGGUUAUGUAGCUCACGAAUUCAUCUUGGAUGUGCGACCGUUCAAGAAAACUGCAAACAUCGAGGCAGUGGAUGUUGCCAAGAGGCUGCAAGAUUAUGGAUUCCAUGCUCCAACCAUGUCCUGGCCUGUUCCUGGUACACUAAUGAUUGAGCCAACUGAAUCUGAAGAUAAAGCUGAACUGGAUAGAUUCUGUGAUGCAAUGAUAAACAUCCGACAAGAAAUAGCAGACAUUGAGGAGGGUAGAAUGGACAUCCGAGUAAACCCACUUAAGAUGUCCCCACACACAUUGGCUUGCAUUGCUGCACCAAAUUGGGACCGUCCAUACUCUCGAGAGCAAGCUGCAUUCCCAUUGCAAUUUGUGAGACCAGAAACCAAAUUUUGGCCCACAAUCGCUCGCAUUGAUGACCUCUAUGGGGAUCAGCACUUGGUUUGUUCCUGCCCACCAAUGGAAGCAUAUGAAUCUCCCUUCACAGAACAGAAAAGAGCUUCAUCGUAAAACUUCAUCAUUGAUUGAUUUUCUAUUUUGCGGGUGUUGGGCUCAGUAAAUAAUUGCUGUCAAAAAGCACAAAUACAUUUUUUUUUCUUUGUUUUGUUUUCAAACUCAAGAUCCGGCAAGUCAAAUAUCUCAGUUUGUAUUGAAACAGCUGCUAAUGGUUUUUAAUGAGUAGACACUACAUCCAAGCCACACUUCAGCUGAUGGUAUUCAGUGCCUCAACAUUAAGCAGCAUUGAGUUACUUAAGUGGCCUUGAUCCUGUGCACUUUUUCCUUGACUUGACUUGAGAACUGCUCUGGGUGCAGAUGUGAUUGAACUGUAAUGUAUCGUGUUUACUAUAGGGCUGUUUGCCAAGCAGCAGGUUAUCAGACCAUAUACAACUGUGGCCUAGUGACAAAGUGGUCCUAGAAGGUAGUAUUUUUAAUGUUUACUUUUGUUGUUCUUGUUUGUAAUUGUCAAUGCUUCAAUAAUUGAAACCAGCAUCUCCUGGUUAAUAAAUGUUAAAAAAAAAUGUAAAUUUUAACUGUCUUAUCAUUCCAAUAAAAGUUCUUGAACUGA